GAGGUGCCAAAGUAAGCAGUUGUUGAUUGUGGUUGAUUGUGUGCCGAUUGGAAGACGCGCGAUGGGUGACGCGAUCAACUUUGGACCGGCGUGGUUGCGCAAGGUUGCGUUUGACUCCAACACCAAUAGUAGCAACAACAGCAACCAUCAAAACAAUACCAGCGGCAGCCAUAGCAACAGCAGCGGUCAGUCGAUGAACAACAGUAGCAGCAGCAGCAGCAGUGGCGGUAGCGCCAGCAUCAACACCAGUAACACCAUCACCACCCUCGUCAACAACAGUGGCGGUGGUGGUGGUGUUGGGCUUCACCAUCAGCAGCACCAUUCGAACCACCAACAUUCGCAGCACCAUCAUGGCCUAUCCGGUGCCGGUACUGCUGCUGCUAAUAACGGUGCACCGACAACCCGAUACGCGCUGGCCGAGUUCCGCUACGGGCGAGAAGAGAUGUUGGCAUUGUUUGACAGCAAAACGCUCAAAGGUCCGGAGAUACUGGUCAACUACAAGCACUUGUACGUAGAGAAGGUGCAACCGCCCCUCGCCCUGACCCCCUGCCCGGAGGAGGAACUUGCCACGGAACCGGACUCAAGACGCAUUUGGCAAUCGCGAAGUAUUUCGAUGGGAAUACCGAGUCGCGGUGGUGGACGCGGUGUCUCAGUUGAUCGCGGCCGUGGCCGAGGACGUGGCGCCUACACAAGCUACACUCGUUCGACCUCAUUCUACGAUGAUGAAUCCAGGGGUGCAGGAAGAGGGGAACGGCCAUGGUUGGAGCGCAACGGUAGUGCUGGUGGAAGUGGCGCGUUGGGUGGUGGAGGUGGAAUCGGUGACAUCGAGUGGAACAGUUCGUCAUCCAGCCCGAGGAAAGAUUACGGCUCGCGGAUCCGUUCCUCGGCCGGUGGUACCACGGAGAGCUGGCGCCGUUCGCGUACCGAUGAUGACAAUACUAGCAACGGAAUUGGUGGCGGUGGUGACUGGCGCUCCGGUGGCAGCGGCAGUCUUGCCAGUGGUCGUGACAAGUGGUCGCGUUCGACGAGCUGGCGCGACGAGGACAGUUCGUCCCACGGGUUGCUUGAGAGAAGUCUCAAUAGCAGCAGUGAGCGAAUGAUCUCUGUACCGGCGUACAAAUCCCGGCUAUCGGGGGCCGGUCACGGUGGGAACGAGCUGCUGAACAGCAGUGCAUCCGGUGGUCACUCGUCGGGACCGGAUAAGCGUCGCCCGCACUAUGACGCGGAUGAGCUGCCCGAGUGGGCAACGGAAAAUCCGUGCGAUUUCGGUGGGAGCUUCGAUGCAACCGGGGCGUUUCAUGAUUCCGAUAAUGACACUGAAGGAGCCAAUACUGCUGGUGGUGGAGGGGGCCGGUUCGAUGCAUCUGACAGUGGAAGUAGCAGUGUCAAACCGGCAUCACAAAAAACGAAGGAUAGUGAACGAUCGAAGCCGCCCGCGGAGAGGCGCCUCGGUGAAAGCGGCAUGCUUGUUGGAAGUGGCACCGUCCGAGAUGACGCGGCGACGAGCUCGACUUCCGCAUCAUCGUCGUUGUCAUCAGCAUCGGGCGCCAAGAGUUCCGGAGCCGAGUACGGUAAUGACAAGGACCGAACAAUUGACGAUGAAGAAACGAUGAAUCACUCCGCGAACAAGGAGCUAGAGGGGCUGCAAAGUGACAAUAAUGGCAGCCAGACAGCGUUCACUCCAAGCUCGACUGUCAAUAGUAAGACAGGUAGUAGUAUGGAGCGCGAAAGCCGGGAAAAGGAUAGCACUACGAAGAGAGAUUCCCAAGAUGAAAGACCUAGUGGUGUGGUGGCAACUUCGGAAGUUUCUUCUUCUGUCAAAGGCCGUUCUGCGUCGUGCGAAUCGAUCGAAUCAGCUGUAUCGGAACCCGUUGCUCUUAGCACUCCCGCGUGGGGCAAGACAAACGAACUACCUUCGGGUGCCAACGAUGGUGGUAGCACUGUUACCGAAAGAGGAAACGGUGACAAUGCAUCGCAAGCCGCCGGCAAAAGUCAACCGGCAUCGUUACCACUGUCAACGGAAAAUGAACCGAAAAAGUCUCCCUCCAGCACGAGUGUUGAUCGUAUGCAGGAGGUAGCCGACGACAUGGUGGCACAACUGAUUAUGGACGACGAGUUUCUGGUGACUGACGGUGAUCCGUCUGUCAGUGGGCUGGGAGGGCCUUCGGCUGCAUCCGCAGCGAGACACGCCGGGUUAGAAAAGUCGCCCGUUUUCGGAAUGUCGUCUGUAAGUGGACAAGUGUCAGCAGCAGCAGCGAUGGGUAUGGCAGGUAGUGUUAGAGCUACCGGCGGUCUUCCUUUGAACAUGGUCCUACCGAAGUCACCCAUGCCCAUGCAACCGAUACUGAACCACAACGUUCAUCGAGUGAAUGCGCUCCUGAUGUCGGAUGUUAGCAGUCGAGUGCACGUUGGUGGUGGCAGUGGUGCUGGAGGGGCGGUUGCACCUGGGAUAUCGCAGUUACAUCAUCUGAUGACAACGCCAGCACCGGGAACCGACGUCUGGUACUAUCGCGAUCCGCAGGGUAAGGUUCAGGGUCCAUUUCCAGCUUCAGAAAUGACCGAAUGGUACCGAGCCGGAUACUUUGACGAUUCGCUCUCGGUGCGCCGAGCCUGCGACGAAGUGUACACUACGCUCGGCACGCUGGUAGCACUUUGUGGAGGGUCCAUUCCGUUCCUUAACUCGAUGACCAUACCGCCGAUCAAAACCAGUGGGGGCACUAACGGAACUUCCGGAAUAAAGCAAUCUUCUCAGCAACAACAAACUUCCCAGCAGCAACCAGGGCCUGGAACGCAAAUCCAACCAAAAGCGGCGGGAGGUAACGUUUCCGGAGUAGUUCAACCGUCACCUGUGAACCAACAGCAACCUUCCAUAGGUGGACCGCAGACGGGUCAGCCCCAGCCAUCUGCGUUGCACACGUCUGGUCAAGGUGGUGUUUCUUCGGCGGCUGUUGGUGGUAUGCCGGCACCACCAACAGAGCAAGAGUUGCAACAGAUGAAACGGCUACAUGUAAUCCGACAACAUAGUUUGUUGAUACAGAAGUUGCACAACUCGGAGGGCUGGCACUUGUUGUCGCCGGAGCAACAGAACGCCAUCAUAACGCAACAAAUGAACCAACUGGUGAGUGUCGACGGUAUGUUGAUGUCACCGUCAUUGCCGGGUCAUCAGCAGCAAUCUUCGGUGGGACCAUCGCCAGGUUCAAGCAUUUUCAGUGGCGGCCCCAGCAUACCACAACAGGCUGGUCAGGACGUGCUAGUCAAUCUAAAGCUGCGGGAUAUUCCACCACAUCCGCAGCAACAGCCGCAAUCAUCUCAACUGCCAUUGCUGGAGCAGCUCCAGAAGUCCGGUAACCACCAGCAUAACAACUUCUUGAAACUGCACAUGCCAGAGUUUGUGCAACCCCAACAGGUGGCUGGUGCACGACCGAUGAUGAAUAUACUGAAUGCUGACUCUGCAGCUGCAGUCACGGGGGGCCACGACCCGCUUGGGCAGUUGAUGCAUGGUAUCAAUUUUAAUCAGCAACCACCAGUACAAAACCUCGGCCCACUGGGCCCGCCCAAUCUAAUGAUGAAUCGCGGCGGCUUGGCCAUGCACCAACAACCGACACCUCAAUCACAACAGUCACACCCGGCGGGCAAACCGACGGUGGAUAACGACCCGAUUCAAUCACUUUUCAUGCAGCUCUCAAUGAACAAGAAUCAGCAACAUCCACAGCUAACGCCACAUCAACAACAGUCGUCGAAGGCAGCUGCAGAACUGAUAACACCUUGGCUGCACACGACGGCAGGUCAACAACAAUCUCAACCCCCGACCAGUGGUGGUGCCUCUGGUGGCGGUGGUGGAAUGCCCGGCGUGAUGCCCUGCAGCAGUGCUAGUGUUCCCGGAGCCGCUGGGCCUGCUUGGGGUGAUUUGCCACCUCCGCCAACGAGUGCCUCAUUUGCAUCUUUAAUGCAACAACAACAGUCGCAGUCUCAUCUUCCUGUCGCUGGUCAUCCGCUUCUGAUGAACAGCGGUGGACCAUCGAAUGAACCACAGGCACCAUCCGUGGCCUCGCUUUUCAAGCAUCAUCAGCAAGUCGAAAAGCAGCAGCAGCUUGAAAAGGAGCAACUGUUGCAGCAUCAGCAACAUUUUGUGCAACUGCAGCAACACCAACAGCAGCAACUGCAGUCUGAGAGUGAAGUUCUCGCUCAGCAGAAACAGCAACUGCAGCAACAGCCGCAUCCUUCGCAGCACCUACAGGAUCAGCAUCAACUAUUACAUCAGCAGCAGCUGCAGCACCUCCAGCAGCAGCAACAGUUGCAGCAAUUGCAACAACAGCAGCUACCACACCCAGAAGAGGAACGUUUCAAUCAAAAACCUCAAACGAAAGAAGAACAAAAGAAGGAGCUGAUGGGUGGACAGCAGCCGCCGCAUGGCGGGAGUAUCGGUAAGAAACAAAACAACAAGCAACUUAAUCACGUCGAUGUUGAUGAAAAAGCAACUUCGGACUCGUCGUUAAGUGGACAGCAGCAGCCGACGCAGCCGAAAGCGAAAAAACCAUCCAAAAGCAACAACCAUACACACGGCGGCGGCAGUAGCAACAGCAAUGGUCACAAUAAUUUGGUGAACGAAAAUGAAACGGAAUUCAUCUGUGUGAAGAAAGAAAUGGAAGAAAAGAAACGCUUGAAGGAGCUGAAGAAGCUGCAGCAAGAGGAACAGAAGCGAAAGCUAGUAGAAGAAAAAAAACGCCAAGAGGAACAGGAUGCUCAAAAGAAGGCCAAACUGUUGGAAUCGCAGCGGCGAGAGGCGAUCAAAAUUCAGGAACAACAACAGCAGCAACAACAACAACCAUCUCAUCAGCAGGUGGCACGUGCCGCUAGCAAGCCCGCUCCGUGGUCCGCAGCAGUGGCAGAGGUUGCCACCAGUGGUCUAAGUUUGGCUGAAAUUCAGAAGGCCGAACGCGAGCGGCGCGCCCUGCUAGCACGCCAAGAACAAACCAUGCGCGAACAACAAGAGCAGCAGCAGUUGCUCGUGUUACAGGCACAGCUCGACAGUAAGCUAAAAUGGGAUGCUCAUCUUGUACCGGCAAACGUGAAGCCAUUGGCGGAAAUACAAGCGGAAGAAGCUGCGGCCGCUGAGCGUGCACGGGAGAAGAACUUCAACGUGUCGGGGCUGACGGUAGCAGCCAUUACGGCCCAGCCGGCUAAGGUUGGCAAAAAAGAUGAGACACUGACUUUGGGAACGGCGGUGUGGCAAGGCCAGAGUGGCAGUAGCUUGCUGUACUGGAACUCGGGCAAACCGUGGGGUGCCGAAGGAAGCAAUGAGACGACUUCAUCGUUCGCCACUGGCAACGCUAUGAGCAACAACAUAAGCUCCGGUGGUUUCUGGGAGGAACCGACACAGCCGACCCCUGCCGUUGCCGUUGGUAAGGGUGGAAAUCAUGCUCGUAAGACACAAACUCAUGGCUCGACCACGAGUGUCGCUGCGCCUGGCAAACAACAGCAGCAGCAACAGCAGCAGCAGUUCCUGAGUAAAAGCAAGACCAUGGGCAGCAUUUCAACCCCCUCUACGUCGACAGUUAACGCAGCCAGGCAGCAGCAACAGAAACAACAGCAGUCCGGCGGCUUGGUCAAGGGAGGAUCGUCGGCAGCGGGAGGGGUUGGUGGUGGUGCCAAAACCGGCAAGACUUCCAAUGCAUGGGGCAACGCAGCUGAUCGUAAAGAGGAUCGUAAAAAUCAGAAUGAGCAAAACAAUGAGUUUACCAGCUGGUGUUCACGUGCGCUCAGCUCGCUGAAUAGCAAUGUCGACAUUCCAACAUUUGUUGGUUUUCUGCAGGACAUCGAGUCACCGUACGAGGUUAAGGAAUACAUCCGUGUAUACUUAGGUGAAACAAAAGAGUGUUCUGAAUUCUCGAAGCAAUUCCUCGAGCGACGCUCCAAGUACAAAAAUCAGCAGCGCCAAAAGAAUGCCCACAUUGAUGAUAUGUGCAAGCCAGCACCGGCUAUAAAUCCAUCAUCGAACGAUUUCCAAGAAAUCAAAGGUAAGGGUAAGAAAAUUAAGAAAAAUAAAAUGACCAAGCUCGAUAAUCGAAUUUUGGGCUUCUCCGUCACGGCGGCACCGGAUCGACUGAACGUUGGCGAUCGAGAUUACGGCGACAAUGCUUAAAGUAACAGUGAACAGUAGACGGGAGGCGAAAGCCGUAGCAAGGCAGACAUUUUCAAUGCGUUUAGGGAAUCGAUAAUAAACGGAAACGAAUUGCAACGAGGAAGGAACCACACAAAUAUGGUUAAAGUUAGAUUGGCAUUGGCGGCAUGCUUUUAGGAACGACGCAAGAUCAAUGUGAAAAACAGGAAACGAGGGCAAAUUGUGCAUAAAAAACGUUAAACAAUAUCUCUGUACAAAGCUGUGUGUAGGCGGGGAAUGUUGCGAAUGAUUUUUGCUCUGUUUCUGUUUCUCUUUUCUUUCGGAAGUGCAAUGAAAUGAAAGUAAUGACGAUGAUCUUCUUUCAUUGCCCAACAACGUUCGCAAGUAAUGUUGUUCUUGUGUUUUUGGAGAAAGAGAUAAUGGCUGCGAGUUACGAACAAUUGAAAUUAUGUAACACUGUUGUCGAGAACAUCAUUCGAUCGCCACAGCAGUUGAGUUUUGUGACAUUUGUUAAGGAUUUGAAAGCUUAUUCGCGGCACAAGUAGUACCAACACGAAACGAGAACAAACACGGAAAAAUUCAUCAAUUGCAAUCCGUUGUGAUGUUUCGCCACAAAAAAAGGAACAAAGGACGAACGCGUGAGAAUCAAGGAGGGUGGAUUGAUCUUAAAGUUGAUCGUACAAUUGUUAGACUAUAAAUAUGCUUUGAUUUUUAAAACUUACUUAAUUUUUUUCCCCCAAAACCGUAGGGAUUUACUGUUGAAUGUUUCAUUCAAUUUGUGCGAUUGAAAGUUUGGUUUUCUGUUAUUUUCUGCUGAAAUAAUUUUCGUUUAAGCACAUCUGCCUUGUCGUCUAUUCGAAUGUGCUCCACAUUUGCUGAUAAAUUGUGUUGUUUACUCAUAAUAGAAUUUCGGCGUUUCCAUGGGUGAAUGCUUUAAAAAAUGCGCCGUUUGUUCCAACAAACUCGUAAUGGAAUAAUGAAUCUUUUCAGUCUAAGAUUCCGCGCAAAUGUGUGCAAAAUUACGUCGUCCUGCGUUCUUGCAAUCUGUGGGACAGUGUUAGGGGAAAAUGUAUAUUACUGUUGCAACACUUUCUAAAAGAAAAACAACAUGGUACACGGAACUAAAGCAGACGGUAUUUCGGUUCCGCCGUUAAUAACAAUAAUUGUUUAGCCAGAGCCUUCUAAAGGACCACCAUGCCCAAUGAAAAGCAUCUUUAAAGUAAGAAACGGUAGGAUACGUAAGAGGAAUAACUCCGCCUAAGGUGGAUGUUGUUCAGAAACAUCGUAACUAAUUUACAUCCUUCGUGUUGCCGCAAGAUAUCGAAUUGUGCCCUCGAAACCCUUAAGAAAUCUUCCAUCGUCAAACUCAGUGGAAGGUGCUGACUGUACCAGAAUUUCAAUGUGUGGCAAGUGUCGCGAAUCCAAGAAGAAUGACUGCAUCAGCAACGUGUUGCAAGCGUUAGCGCUUUCAGAAAGAUCAAACGCUGCAUACGAGAGACUUAGCAAGUGACAACGUAGUUUACGUCGUUAAUUUUAUAUGAUUCGUAAGAAAUGCAGGAUAGAACCACAACAUGCCGAUCGUAAGUAAACGCCAUGAUCAAUUGCAAGAAAUAAAACACUGUUGGUACUAAAAGUGGUGUGAGUCGAUGCGUUCGAAAGUAGUGACAAAGUGUUCGGCUUUUCUUGUGUUGAUUGAUUUCCGUAUUUGCUUUGUUAUAAAUUUACUUUGAGAACCGUUUUUCUGAUCGGAUGGUCCAAAUAAAGCACUUCGGUUAUCGCAGAAAACAACGUUUUACCCUUACAUUGUCCAAGCGUGCUUAGCAUUGCCAAUUAUGAAUGUUUUCCAACAAAGCACAAAACACAUGGCACGCGACAGUUAUCAGCCAUAGGUGACGCUGGAAAUAACUCCGAAAACGAUUGCCAAUGGCUGUAGAGUUAGGAAUGAAAACAGUAUCGGUUGGUCUGCGAGAAAGAAAGGCAUAAUCAGGUGAGCCGCGAUCGAUUGCGAACAUACAAAGUUUCUGUAUCAAUAGAGUGAAGAGAACACUUUAUCAAUCUUAUUCCUGAAUUGUAAGUAAAAUGAAUAAAAAGACAGGGAAAAGAUGAUAACGUGCACGUAAAACCUAAAUAACGACCGUUUCAUAUAUGAUGAAAUACAGAUACAGUUAGACGUUAUGUAUCCUAGAAUACCAAGGGGGAGUUGACAUUUUAUUUUGGGGCCACCACUUGUUUGGUCUGUCGUUCGGU